AUGCCGUCCAACACACAAUCCGAAGAUGCCGCGGAACGGCCCCUCUUGGCAGACCCCCAUCAUGAGUACGGCGGCACCGAUGGGCCUGAACCUCCGGUCCUCAUCGCCGAGGAGCGCGGGGCCGGUACCUUUUCCAAGAACCUCGGCGCCGUCGAGGCGUUUGCCAUUGUCAUCAGCAUCGUCAUUGGUAGCGGCGUGUUCACCUCUCCGGGUUCCAUCGACACAAAUGUCCCGUCUCCCGGAGCUGCGCUCAUAGUUUGGCUUGUUGGUGGUGUCCUGGCGUGGACUGGCGGUGUCCAGCCCUUCCUGCAGCACAUCUAUGGCGAUGUCUUUGGCUUCCUUGCCGCCUGGACCUGGAUCGUGGCCGUCAUGCCAGCCACCCUCGCCAUCCUCAGCAUCGUAUUCGUCGAGAGCAUCUACUCCGCCGGCGGGGUGACCGACCAGGCCGGGGCUCUCCCGCACAAAUUGUUCUCGAUUCUGAUUCUCGUCGUUAUGAACGGCGCCAACUCCAUCAGCACCAAGGCGAGCACUCGCUUGAACAACUUGUUUGUCGUGACUAAGUUUACCAGUAUCUUUGCCGUGGUGCUUGCCGGCAUCGUCGUCGUCAUCCUUCAAGUAUCGGACCACGACCGUGAUGUUGGCGGACGGGACUGGUUCAAUAAGCCCUGGUUCGGGAACCGCAAGACGUCUUUGCCGGGUGGCGGCGAGCUGGACUGGAACAAGGUUGGGACGUGGGAUAUGCUUGGCUACUACUCUGCUGCGCUCUACGGUGCUCUGUGGGCGUACUCUGGCUGGGACAAGGUACGUCGUUCGUCCUGGUAUCUAUUAGUGGGUGCAUCUAACGUUGUCAAGGCCGUCUACGUCUCUGCUGAGCUUCAGCAGCCGGCACGCCAGCUCCCUCUGGCCAUCAACACUGCCGUACCGACCAUCAUUCUAUGUUUCAUCGCGGCCAAUGCAGCCUACUAUAUCCUUCUCCCCUGGAAUGUGGUUGCCUCGACCGACAGCGUGGCAGUCACCGCGAUCAACCGCCUCCUCGGCCCCGCCUUCGGCAUCGUCGCUGCAGUCCUCAUCUGCCUCGUUGUUGCCGGCUCCCUCCUCGGCAACUCCUUCGUCGCGGGCCGUAUGACCGUCGCAGCAUCAAACUUCAACUGGCUACCCAAGUUCCUCGGCUUCGUAGGCCGUGUGGGAUUCAAGUCGGAGGAGAGCUCGCCAGCCGAUUCGUCCGCCGAUGCUUCGUCUGGGCCUGCGCACGCGAGAUCCGACGCACCGCUCAACGCGCUCUUGCUAUCGACGAUUCUCUCGGCGCUGUACAUUCUGUUUGGCAACUUCCGAGCCCUUUUGACCUUCAACGGUCUAGGCGAGUACACGUUCUUCUUUUUGACAGUCCUUGGUGCCGUCAUUUUACGCGUUCGAGAGCCGAAGCUGCGUAGACCGUACAAGCCAUUUGUACUGAUCCCCAUUGUGUUUGCGCUGGUCAGUGGAUUUGUGGUUGUGAGAGGCGCUAUCUUUGCUCCUGUGCAGGCGCUCAUCUUGAUUGUGCUGUGGAUUGUCGGGCUUGGGUUUUACUGGGCUAGGAGGAAGUAUUAUGCCCAUUGCAAUAGGGCCGACCACUGA